UUGGUUAGAACAGAAUCAAAAGAAAAUGGCGACGUGAUUGCUUGGUUUUGUUCGACCACAAGCGCUUCAACAACACAACAAAAAACAUUUUUGUCGGAAGGUUCACAGGAGGUUUUGUUAAUUGAACUAGGUUACCGUCAGCCAAAAUUUGAAACGAACCUUAAUAAUCAUCUUUAACCUGAGAUAUUGGCUGGAUUUAGGGAGAAAACGUCCGAAUACGUGGACAUGAUCUUAACGGUGAAAAUUUUACAAACACACGGAAGAGAAUGUUGCGUGGAGGUAACGGCGACAGAACCCAUUUUGUCCGUCAAACGGAUGGUAGCAAAAGAAUUAGACGUUCCAGUCCAUCAACAGAGACUUGUGUUCAAAGGGAAAACGUUAUCAGAUGGAAAUCUUUAUGUGACUACAACAUUGGGCCAGACACAAAGAUACACCUCGUCAUACGUAGACCCGACGCCUCGGAACUGACCAGUGCCUCCAGAAUAGGAAAGAGCACUGCAUUGUGGGAAGAGUUACAGGGAUUGCUGCAGAAACACUUCACAUCGUCCGACGCCGAAAAGAUUCUCGAAGAGUUUAAAAAAGAAUUUUCAACCAAUAUUUCCAGUCUUAGUCUCGACGAUAUUGAGAGGAUAUCCAUGUCUAAGCUUGGAGUUCACCCCGACAGCAAUGAAGCAGGCCAUCAACGAGCUAAGACGCAAAUCCGUCAGACUUGUUUUCCUUAUCCUGAACUCACCUGUCUUAAGCACAGCAAAUGAUCGUUGUCUCUUUGGGCGGGUUCGAACCAUGGACCGCUGGCACUCUGAGUCAUUUACAGAGACAGAUAGUGGAUAUGUACAAUGUAAGACCUUUCAAACACUUGGAUGAUUAUGUGCGUGUACCUGUUUUUUUUCUGUGUUUUUUUUUUACAACAAUUAACCAAAUAAACCUUGUUUGGUUGUCCCGAGCCAUUUUCUAAACCCUACUCCCUCAGAUGUGUCAAAAAUAUUAAAUGUGGAGGAAUUAAGGCUCAAGAUAACAUACAUACUGUACAGUCGACUCUCGUUAGUAUAAACUCUGUUAAUACAAAAUUCUGGUUAUAUAACAAACAUAAAGCCUUGGUCCGACUGUGCAUUUAUGAGCACAAUGAAUGGGACUGAUGUUCCUCUUAAUACAAAAUUCUGAUAUAACAAACAAUUGGCUAGGUCCGAACGAGUUUGUUAUAACGAGACACGACUGUAUAACAUUUGCUUUUGCUGUAAUAUUCAGAAAUGGACGGCCUUGGGGGUUACUUUUUUAUAGAAAAUAGUGUUACACUGACUGUUCUUGUAGUCUGGUUCCCUGACCCUACACUUCAGGCAAAACGGAGCAAUUUAUAGACAACAGGAAUUAUCAGGUCAGGGAACCAGACUAGCAGGCUACACACAUUACCGAUCGCAGACAACAUGUGGACUAACUAAAUCAGUCCAGUGGGGGUAGCAUUUGAAAAAAAGCUGGGGUUUUUGUCCAACUAUGGUUGGCGGAGCUAUCGUUGG